GCAUGAGCGACAAACUUUGGUGCGAAUUACCUAGGCAUCAACGCACCCGCUUUUGACAGCAGUAGAAAAUCCGAAAAUGGAAAAGGAUGUAGAUAUACUCGGCAAAUACAGAUUAGUGUCAAAUAAAUUAAAAAAGCGUUUCCUAAAGAGACCAAAUGUUGCUGAAGGAAUUGAACAGUACUCUGUCUUAUCCAAGUCAUUGAAGGAACAAGAAUGCCAACAAUAUGCUGCCUUUUGUGCUCUUGCGCAAGCCAGGUGUGAGCACACUAUGGUUAAUGCUGCCGGAGAAUCCCAGUCCCUGACGGAGGCGGCUCGUAACUUUCUAGAGGCAGAGAUAGCCAAUCAGGAGCUGAAAUGUGCCAGUUUUAAUGAACAUCUCACGGCAGCCAUUAAUUGUUACAGUCAUGCUAUCAGGGUUCAUAUAGAGAACAACAGUGCAGCACUGGCAGCUGCCUUGUGUAUAGAGCUGGGAAAUGCAUUAAAGGUAAGAAAUAUAUCAUACAGAGUUUCUAAAUAAAUGGAUAAUAUGGCUCAUUUUCAGAGGGCAGCAGAACUACAAUCUCAUAGUCCGCUUGAUUGCCUACAGUCAUUAAGUGAAGUAACUUCAUGUAAAAUUGCUAUCAAAGACUACGAUGGGGCACUGAGUGUUCUAACAGAAAUGGCUUAUUUAGCCCAGGAAAGGGGAGGCUCCUCCAUUACGGGAAGACCUGUAGGGGCGUACUGUGAUUUCCUGUGUCACUGUGAAGUAUCCCGAGUCCUCUUGUUGAUGAUGCUCCAGCCAACACCUCAAAGGAUAAGACCUGAACAUGCUCAGACUUUAGAGAAAUACACUUGGGAUUUCAAUGAAGACAAUUCAACAGUACAAUAUCUUGGAGAAGACCUAUUUCUUAUGCUACAAUCUGUUGUAAUGGCAUGCCAGUCAACAGAUCUGACCUCUCUGCGAUUACUUCAGAUAGAGUUAUGGCCCUUGUUAACCACAGAACAGAACCAUUUACUAUUUCUUGUAAUUCAGGAACUGUCACAUCCAUCGGGGGAAGGGGUCUAAAUAUCAGAAAUGCAUCUUAGAUCAGUUGAUGACAUUUUCAAAGUGCAUUAAAUGAGUUGUAGCCAGUUGAUUAAAUUAAAUUGUAAUUAUUCCACCCUUCAAACCAGCUCUUAGAGUAAAGUAGAUCAAAUUUUUGCAAUAUCUUAUUGUAGAAGUACUUUUUUCCGCGUGGUAAUAAUUUACACUAUGUACGCGGUCACAAAUUUACCGCGGAAAUUUGUCUAAGCGUACUUAAUAUAAAUGUAAUGCAUACAGUGACAGUCUGAGGAAUCUGCGUAAUUUUCUACCUGCGGAUUAAACAGAAAUUGAGAUUCUGCGGAAUUAUGACCCCGUGGAAAAAAAUACGUCUACAGUAUUUAGAAAGCAAAAAUUUCACAAAGAUCUUUGUAUUUUGAUGUCAUGAUCGUAUAGGAUUUAUUUACUAGAGAAUGAAAUUUUCAUGAGCAGAUGGUCUUGCUUAAUUUUAUGUAGAUAAAGUUCUCACUUUUAUAUUUUUCAGUGUUAUUUCAUUAUUUUAACAUAAAUUGCAGCAAAACUGCUUACCAAAGUUUCUAAUAUUUUCAUCAUGAAAUGAUAUGCUUUACAAGUUAAAAAUAAAUUUGAAUUUAAUAUACACUGUAUUUGAGUGUGUACACCUGUAAUAUAAUAUUCUUCAUAUUGAUACAUCUUUGUAUGGAAAUAAGCAUAUCAGAAUGUAAAACAUGACAUUAAAAACUGACAAUUAAAUGGGUAUCCAUCA